UAUACACACAAAUUGCCUUCACUGAAGAUACAACUGAAUUUAAUUUGUUUUAUUUAUUCAUUUGACUGGAUUGAAUGGUUUAUUUUUGUAUUUUGUGCGUUUUUUGCCAUUUUUGUUAUGGCAUUCUUGUUGCUCUGUCUCUUGCAGAUCUGGUCUUCAGUGAUUGCAGAAGGCGAGGUGCGUCUGGUCAGCUCUGGCUCGGUGGCGCGGUGUUCUGGCAGGGUGGAGGUGUUCCUGCACGGUGAAUGGGGGACCGUGUGUGAUGACGGCUGGAAAAUGCUCAGUGCGGAGGUGGUCUGCAGACAGCUGGACUGUGGAACUGCAGUAGACUUUUUAUACGGAGCCUGGUUUGGUGAAGGGACCGGUCACAUCUGGCUGAAAGAAGUGAAGUGUUUAGGAGGAGAGAGCGCACUCACCCACUGUCCCCAUAGAUUGGAUGUACAAAACUGUAAACAUAAUGAAGACGCUGGUGUGAUCUGCAUGAAACCUCCAGAAAUCUUUGCAGAGAUCUCUUGGGGUCAGAUCAGUGUCACCUGCUCCAUGCCCUCAGCCUUCACAGGAGGACUUAUGGUUCUUCUGGAUCACAGCAAUAAAACUCUACAAACUUCAAAAUCAAACCCUGCCACAUUCACCUUCCCUCGAGGCGCCUAUGACAAAGAUACAGUGUUCAAAUGUUUGUAUCAGGAGCACAUAUUAAAGGUGUACACGUCCACUCCAAGUGCCUCUGUCACUGCAGUGCCACGAGUUCCGAAGCCGGUGGUCGUCCCCUCGGCUGCUGGAGGUGCGCUGCUGCUCCUGGUUCUUCUGAUCGUAGUCGUGGUGGUCUACAGGAGAAGAUCCACGAGGCAGAUCUGCGUUGGUUGUCGAAAAGUGCAAGUCCAAGAUGAUUAUGAAAAUGUUUAUGAAAUUAUGAAAAAGGCAGAUAAAGUCGUUAGAGCUGGACGUGCAGAAGUUCACGAUGAGGCCCGCUAUUCUAACAGAGUUAUAGAGAACGACGAUGACGAUUAUGAAAAUGCCGGUUAUGAGGAGGGACAUGAAGAAGGCUUCGUUGGUGCUGGGAGUAGGCUGGGAGAUCAUGAUGAGGUCCGCUGUUCUAAUGCAGAUUCACCAAGUGGCAUCGAGUAUUAUGGAAACAUCAGUCAGGAGCUGGAGGAUGGUUUUUAUGGAAAUUGUUAA